GAAGAACUCCAUUUCUACAUUCUGACCUUCCUUCCUUGCCGAGAUAUUCUUCGUUGUACAUCUGUAUGUAAGGCUCUUCGCCAGACGUACAUGUCCUCCUCUGAGCUUCAGUACAUCAUCGAACUCAGUGGCCAACGGUUGCUCGCUGUCCCCAACACGGGCAACCGCACCCCUACUUCCAACCGCCUACAGACCUUGAGGGACAGGGCCCACGCAUGGUUCAAGUUUGAUAUGCACUCUUUCAAAACAAUCAGCUUACCAGAAGACUUGUAUGCUAAGAAAAAGCUCGUCACUGAUGGGCAUCUCUACUUGAGGGAUGAAGGUGGAGACCUGGCUACGAUCAUUCCAAUACUACCGAAGCCCUCACAACGAACAAUCGAACGUUACUGGUCUGCAGGAACCUUAUGUUUGGUGCCCUACUCAACCACCCUGGAUGUAUUGAUGGACCCAGCACAAAACCUGAUCGCCAUCGUAUAUUCUGUUCCUGACGAGGAUGAUCCUCUCGAAUCGAAUGAAAUGGUCUCUAUUGACCUUAGAACUCUGGACGGUGAUAGUGUUCACCCCGAAGCCGCUGGACGAACCCUAAUUGUAUCGGGCCCGGCCGGAUACGACGACAACGUUGACCGCAUUGAAACAAUGUGUGCGAAGCUCAAAGGUUGUGGAAGGCAUAUCGCUUUGCAGCGCACUUUGGUGGUGGAUGGAACAGGGGAUCGCCCUGAGUCUGUCUGCCACCUGCAGAUUUGGGACUGGAAAAACUCGACGAUAUCGAGCAGUGUCCUCAGCGACACAGUACCAUACCCAUUCGAAGACUCGAUCGAUUUUUGUUUCCUCGGAAACAAUAGGUUACUUGUUGUCACCGACUAUUUGAAGCUUUAUUCAAUCGAGGAUGUGUCCCAGACGCCACAAUUUCUGGCGUGUUUCCAGGCGCCCCUUCCAUUGUCGGAUGUACAGUGCCAUCUUCCGGUGGAUGAUAUUGAGCAUAGUAGCUCUCAGCUGCAGAUGCAAACUCAACAAACGAUGCACACCUCAGAUCCUACACAUCGACUACUAUGCUUUACCUCAUCCUAUCCCACUACUCUAGUCUUCAUCAUUUCCACGAGGAUUUUCUUUGACCUUGACGGAAUUGUUGCGACGACGCCAAUACCAUGGGAUUUUUGGGGCCCUUCAAAUACUCGUGUUUUCCGGUACCCAUAUCUAUGCAAAGUUCACGUGAGCGGAAAUCGAGUUUUGCAGGCAUUCACAGUCGGCGCGCCAGACACGUGUCCCACGGAGUACGACGUGCAUAUGAUGGACUUCAGCCCACUAGCUGUGCCAAACAGGCAAGGCCUAGGGCGAGUGGUGAAAGAGCCAUCUACGAUCCAAGUGACCGUCUUAACGUCCGACUCCGAGGAGAACUUGAAAAUUACAACAUCCCUGCCUUACGUCGAGGUCAUAUCGGACAGGAAGUUCAAUGUUCGCGAGUUAGAGGGCAUAUGGCUCGAUAAGGAUAGGAUUUAUUUGUUCAACGCAAAUUGGGACUGUGAUGCGGUAGGUUCUCUUCAGUAUCUUACAUCGCAGUCUAGCAGGCUUGAGGUCAUCGACGUCUAAAACAGAACUCAUCUGUUAUCAGGUAGUUAUAUUUAUCAGCUUGGUACAAACUGUACAAUAUCGGUAGUUACUCAUGAAGAUCGAUCGUCCCCUGCUGCCAGCGCAAGCAGGUCGUCCAA